AUGGUACCUCAGCCACCUUACGUUGGGCAGAGAUUUGAAUCGUUCGCAGAGGCAAAGGAAUUCUACCAGACAUAUGCAAAGUUCCGUGGAUUUGCGGUCAACACCGAAUACCAUAGGAAAAUUAAGAAAACUAACGAGUACAGCAGAGGUGAGAUGAGGUGCCACAAGGCACGAAGGAACAAGAAGGGGAAAGGUGUUGCGCCUGUCGUUCCGGAACGAAAGAGAGGUAUCAUUCUCAAGACGGAAUGCCCUGUCCGGUGUAAGCUAAACGUAGAUGGAGCACAGUGGGUGGUCACUGAAUAUUUUGAUGAGCACAACCACAAACUCAUAAAGAAGUUCGACCUGGUAAAAUUUCUGACCGCCCAUAGAGGAUUCACCCCCCUCGAGAAGAAAUUCAUAAAGCUGCUACAUGAUUGUACCGUCGGUCCAUCAAGAAUGGUCCAGAUACUAUCACUCAUCCACAGCAAAAAAGGGACUUUGAGUAGCAUGCCCUACAUACCAGCUGACGUCACAAACCUAAAGGCAAAGUACCGUAGAGAGAGCAAGUUGGCUGACAUAGAGGCCACAAUGGCCUACUUCGAUGAGAAAGCGAAGGAAGAUCCAGAUUUCUUCUACAGGAUAAGAUUGGACGAUGAAGACUGUGUCAGGAACAUGCAUAGAGGAGGUCUUUCCGUUGGAGUGCACAGGCACUGCAGGUGGCACAUUAUAAAGAAGGCUGAGGAGACCCUAGGACCCUUCUUUGCUGAUCGUCCAGACCUGCACAAGGCAUUCGAGCUGUGCGUGGACUACAUCUUGACCGUGGAGGAGUUUGAAAGGAGCUGGAUGGCUAUGAUUGAAACAUAUCGAGUCCAAGACCACGAGACGCUUGCUAGCUUGUGGGAGAAGCGAAUGUACUGGGUGCCGGCCUACUUCAUGCAGUGCUUCUUCCCGUUUCUGCAGACUACACAACGCAGUGAGGGGUUCAAUGCUGUUUUGAAGCGGUACGUGAGCCCUGGCAACUCAUUACUACAGUUUGCCAAGCAGUACACCGCUUUGCAACAAAAAAUACUGGGAUCCGAGCUACAGCAAGAAGCAAACACCGCGCUCAAGCAGCCAAAAUUGCUAACGUAUUUAUCAAUGGAGAGGCAGAUGAGCAAGAUAUACACCAACACGAUUUUUAACAAGUAA